AUGGUGGAAAGCGACACAUCAGCAUGGGAUUCCGAAGAUUUGUCACCCAGGAAUCUGCAUGUUCCAUUUGCCAACAGAAAAGCCCUGCGUUCCUCACUUAUCAAACACGGCGGCCGUAACCGGUCACCGGGCCGGAAAACCGUUUCAUUUUCUUCACGAAAUGAGGACAAGAAGAUCUCAAACGUCAGUGAUUGCUGGCAUAUUAUGCAAACUGGAAGUGAAUUCGUGAAACUACGAGGAACAAGUCGACAGUUCCGUCGAUUAUUCAGUCUGGAUGCGGAUUUAUCACAUAUUCGAUGGUCACCAACUAACAAAAAGCCUCAUAAAGCUCGAAUUGCUAUUGAAGAUAUUCGAGAAAUUCGUUUGGGUAAAAACACAGAAAUACUACGAUCAUCCGAAAAUAUGCUCGCAGAUUUACAGGAAGAAUGCAUUUUCUCCAUUAUCUAUGGCGAUGAAUAUGAAACGCUGGAUUUAGUUGCAGCUUGUGCAGAAGAUGCUAAUAUCUGGGUGACUGGAUUAAUGGCUUUAACGUCUAGUAAAUUUUUGGAUGAUUGUAAACCUUCGAGCUCAUCAUGGGCUACGCUACGUGAACGAUGGCUUGAAUCAGUUUUUGAUGAAGCUGACACAACCAAAUGCGGCUACGUUAAUGAGGCUACAGCUUGUAAGAUCAUUCGACAAAUAAAUCCAAGAAUAGCCAUACAUCGUAUCCGUAAUAAAGUCAAGGAAGGAGCCAGUGCAGAUGAUGAAUCUGAGCGUGGGAAAAUUUAUCGAAAUGAGUUUGUGGAGCUUUAUAAGGAAAUCGCAACACGUCCAGAAGUUUAUUUCUUGAUGGUCCGAUAUGCGAACAAAGACUAUUUGUCCUGCCAAGAUUUGAGACUAUUUUUGGAGACUGAGCAAGGAAUGGUUGGAGUUACAACAGAUUUUUGUGAAAAUAUAAUAGAACAGUAUGAGCCUGCUCCAGAAGCCAAAGAAAACAACUUUAUGACUGUUGAUGGAUUCACAGCUUAUCUUAUGUCAUAUGAUUGUGUUAUCUUUGAUCCGACACAUUCUAAGAUUUGGAUGGAUAUGAAGCAACCUUUCAAUAGAUAUUUCAUUGCUGCAUCUCAUAAGACGUAUAUAGUUGAGGAUCAGUUCGGACCUGCAACACCUGAUGGAUUCAGCUCAGCUUUGAAGCGAAACUGUCGUCUUAUUGAAAUUGACAUCAACGAUCCAGUUGAAAAACAGAAAGAAACAGAGCCAAUGGUACAUAAUGGACCACACACCAAAUUUCGCACUCCUCUAUCCCUUUGUCUCAAAUCCAUACGUGAUUCGGCCUUUGAACGAACAAGAUACCCUUUGAUUAUUUAUCUUUCUAAUCAUUGCUCUCCUGACUGGCAGAAAGUGACGGCUUCAUUACUAACAAGUCAUUUAGGAAAUAAGCUUUAUGUUCCUGGUAAUGAUCCAACCAACUGGAAUGAUCCAGAAAAUCAAGCUUGUCCAUGGGAUUUCCAAAACAAAAUUCUUAUAAUGGGUUCCAAAAUAGCACCGGAGCUUGAUUGCGAGGAAAUAUCGGAAGAUGAAGAAUUAGUUGUAACUAAUAUAACUGGAAGAAGAAAAAAUAAGAAGAUUGAACUGGUCAAAGAGCUGUCUGAUCUCGUUCCUCACUUCUUCCAUGUGAAACAGCUUAACGAUUUGCUUUCAACUGCUCCUAAUUCAACUACAAUGAGCUCAAAAAAACAUAUUCCCAAAGUUGCUGAAUCUACAUGUUUACGCUUCAUGCAUAAUUAUACUAAUGAGUUUGCUCAAACUGCUCGAGAUUAUACAAUUAGAGUGAUACCGAAUAUGAGCAGAAAGGAUUCGUCAAACUUGAACCCACAAGAGUUUUGGAACCAUGGAGUACAAUUAGUUUCUCUGAAUUAUCAAACACCGGGGCUCAUGAUGGAUCUUCAAGAAGGACGUUUUUCUGAAAAUGGUGGAUGUGGUUAUGUCCUGAAGCCUGAAAUUAUGAAAGAUUCUCUGUUUGUUCCAGGCGAGAAGAUACCCAUAGCGCCACAGAUUCUGCAUUUGCGCGUCUUGUCAGGCCAGCAGCUUCCGCGUCCACGUGGAUCAAAUGCCAAAGGCGAUUCAGCGGAUCCCUUUGUUGUCGUUGAAGUAUUUGGACUUCCAAGCGAUUGUGCUGAAGAACGCACUAAGACUGUCCGAAAUGAUAGUCAUAAUCCAUGUUUCGAUGAGUCUUUCCAAUUUCAAGUAUCCGUGCCUGAGCUUGCACUAGUUCGCUUUUUGGUCUUAGAUGAUGACUUCAUUGGUGACGAUUUCAUAGGCCAAUAUACAAUUCCAUUUGAUUGCUUACAACCAGGCUAUCGACAUAUUCAUUUGUUAAACAACGAAGGAGACCCAUUAGAUAAUGCAACUUUAUUCGUUCACAUUGCCAUAACUAACCGUCGAGGUGGUGGCAAAGCUAAAAAGCGUGGUAUGUCAGUAAAGAGAAGAAACUCUCGAGUGAACACCGGAAUGAAACUAGUUGGUAUUCGAAGUGUUGAUGAACAAUUCAAAUCUGCUGUUGCACCAUUAGCUGAAAGUAUUAAUAUGAGGAGUAAGCUGGAAGCAGCUUUGGUUAAUUGGCAAGAAGAAUGUGGCUUAGGACCAGCAGGAACAAUUCGCCAGGGUAUUCGCCUCAUUCAUUCUCGCAUGAUAACUCUGGCAGCUAAUGCUUCUCCUCCUCCAUCACCAUCUAACAGUGGUGAAGCUCGCAAUAAUGACUAUGUUAUUCCAUCAUUCUAUAUUGAUUCUGAUAAUCGAAAUUUCCCUGUUAUUGUAGUGAAUGGACAGCUACCGGAACAACUGCAAAGAACUUUCCAAAAAUUGAAAAUUCUCAUUUCCCACAGCGUGACGACAUUAGAAUUGGCUGAUUCGUUACUAGCAAAAAUAGAGGAAUCCAUUCAGCGUAUAUCUAACAGUCAUGAUGAAUUAACCUCAUUGUGCCAAGAAACUGGAAUCAAAGGACAAAAGGCUACAAGAGCUGCUGAAAACUUUACAUGGAAUUUACGACUGCUCAAAGCACAACUUAAUCUGAUGAGCAAGAGUCAAGAUGAAGCACAAGAUAUAAUAACUCAAGUUUUUGAUACAGGGGGUGUGCUUGGUAUUCUAUCUGAUAAACUAAUGACUCGUAGAAAUGGCAGUCGACGAUUUUCUCGCGUCGUACUUGAUCCUAAUAAGGACUGUGUUCUUUAA